GGCUGUGUACUGGAAUGUGGGUAGUACCUCGAGUUGGGCGGCUGACAGCGGCGAUUUGAGUAAUACAUAUGAGGCAAAAAAGUCUAUUGAUGUAACUAUAACGUGUUAAGCGUUUUACUGUCUAACCGACGACAGGGCACAGUUCCACGACCUUUGCCCCUGAAUAUCUGUGUUGCAGCCCAUCAAAUCGUUGUAGUUGAGAGACGUGCGCUGGUGAAUAAAGAAGAGAAAUGCAACAUGGCCUCCGCACGGAAGAAGCAAGAUGAGAAGCAUUUAAAAAUAUUACGGGAAUUAGUGUCGUUACCAGCAAACAAAGAGUGUUUUGAUUGUCAUCAGAGAGGGCCGACUUACGUGAACAUGACAAUUGGAUCAUUUGUUUGCACAACAUGCUCGGGGAUGCUCCGCGGACUGACACCACCUCACAGGGUAAAAUCAAUAUCCAUGGCCAGUUUUACGCCUGAGGAAAUUGAUAUGGUGAAAUCGAGAGGAAAUGAGUACUGUCGGCGAGUAUGGUUGGGUUUAUUUGAUCCAAACCACUCGCAAGAUACCAAAGAUGAGCAGCAGGUCAAAGAGUUUAUGAUAGCUAAGUACGAAAAGAAGAGAUAUUAUUUGGAGCCAUCAGUAUCAUCAAAAAAUGGUCCCAUCACUUUUUCACCACCAGGAACACAAAAUCACUCACGGACAUCAACUCCAACCCCAAUGACUUCCAUACCUGAAACUAAGCCACUUACUAGUGUCAUUUCUUCCCAAGCCAAACCAGCGUCUCUUAAUAUAAAUACAUCAAAUGUAACCUCGUCGGACAACAUGUUCACUCCUGACAAAACAUCUGGGUUUCUGGCUGACUUUGGACCCUCAGAUCCGUUCAGUUCUUCUUCGCAGUUUACACCAACCAGUACUACAACCAUACCUUCAUUUGCAAAUUUUGAAAACAAUCCAGUUUUCACUUCUCCUAGUAUGCCUACUGCAGCAGCUUUGUCAACAAUGAGUAAUAAUGUUUUCGGAAGUCCUGCGCGCAAAUCGGCAAGCUCUGUGGGUGUUGCUGGAACAAUGCAGUCCCAGCCACCGUCGGAGGAUCGAUAUGCUGCCCUUAAAGACCUGGACAGUCUGAUGAAAUCACAAGCUUCGGAUGCACAGGGGGGUGACUGGGCCACAGGUGCAUGGUCAUCUCCAAAUACGUCAACUGUCCCAGUCUCAGUAUUUGGUUCACCAUCUCAAAAUUCUCAGUUUCUUACAUCAUCCAGUGGAGUUUCUUCAUUGCCUGAACCAGCAGCGAUGCAAAACCCAUUUUCAGUUACUGGCAUGAAUCAGAAUCCUUGGGUGCCAGCAUCAAGGGAAAAUGGUUUAUCCAGCACUUCCAGCCAGCCUGCCACUUUUCAAGCAAAUCCAUUUGGAAAUGGAAGACAACCACAACAUGGGUUUGGCAUUGUGACUGAUACUUUAAAUUGGAGUGCAGGGGCAAACAGCAUGCCAAAUGGACAGGUUCCAAAUGGUGGUAUUGCUAGCUUCCAUUCUCAAGUACCUGUAGCUGCUGUGGCUUUUCCCACUAGUCAGUCUAUGAAUUUUCCAGCGAAGGCCUGGCAACCUAUUCCACCAAGUGGAAACCCAUUUGUGCUUGGAACUAGUCCAACGCCUGCUGGCCAUUCCAGCAAUCCUUUUCUAUGAAGAACUGAAUUUAUUGUAUAACAAUUUUCUAACUAUAUUU